ACCUCACCAACGAGAUUCAAAACGUGGGUUCCAGUUCAGAUAUUGAGGAUGGAUCUGUGAGCUGAGCUAACUGAUUAUCAGUGGGUCGAACGGGUUGCUAAGAUUGCGGUGGACGAGUCUGGACGGGAACCCGAUGUUUGCAUUAGUGAGUUUUGCUCUUGACUAUACUUUCGAGGACGAUUACUGACUUAUCACUAUAGUCGAAGUAAGUUCCAAAAGGGGAUGAUUGAUGUGACCACAGCUAAUGCCUCUGACCGCAGCUUGGUGGAACCGUCGGUGAUAUCGAGAGUGCGCCUUUCGUCGAGGCCAUGUCCCAGCUUCAACGCCGCGCUGGAAAGGACAACUUCCUUCAGAUCCAAGUCAGCUAUGUUCCUUUGAUCGGCUCGGAACAGAAGACGAAGCCCACGCAGAGGGCUAUCAGUGACGUGCGCAGUGCUGGUCUCCGACCGGAUCUGAUUGCCUGCCGUUGCGAAACCCCCUUGGAAGAGGCUACCAUUCAAAAAAUCGCCAACUCCUGCCAGGUCGAGCGGGCCCAGGUUGUCGGCGUCCACAACGUCACGACGACCUACCAGGUUCCCAUUCUGUUGGAGAAGCAGGGAUUCCUCCACACCAUCAGCCAGCUGCUUAAAAUCGAUGCUAUUCCCAAGGAACAGAAACUCCUGGAAUACGGCAAGUUGAUGUGGCAGGAGUGGCAGGGUCUGGCUCUUAGCCAAGAUCACGUUUUCGAGACCGUUACGAUCGCCCUGGUUGGCAAGUACACUAGUCUGCAUGACUCCUACAUGAGUGUGAGCAAGGCGCUGGAACAUGCUGCCAUGCACUGCCGAAGGAAGUUGCAGCUCAUCUGGGUCGAAUCGUCUCACUUGGAAGAGGAACACCGAAACAACAAGCCUGGAGAGUACCACACCGCCUGGCAACAACUCACAACCGCCAGCGGUAUCCUUGUGCCGGUACGUAACCAUUUCAUAUCUACCACUAGUAUCGCGCCUAACGAGAACCAGGGUGGUUUCGGAGAGCGCGGAACGGAAGGAAUGAUCAAGAGUGCUCAAUGGGCCCGUUCGAACAACGUCCCUUACCUCGGUAUCUGCCUGGGUAUGCAGCUGGCCGUUGUCGAAUUCGCCCGCAACGUCUGCGGCAUGGACAAGGCCGGCAGCGCCGAGUUCAACGAACAAUGCGAACAGCCCGUCAUUGUGUACAUGCCCGAAAUCGACAAGUCGAAAAUGGGCGGCACCAUGCGUCUCGGAAAGCGCGCCACUAUCUUCCAGUCCGGCUCCGAAUGGUCCCGUCUACGGAAGCUGUACGGUGAGAAGGAGGAGGUCUGGGAGCGUCACCGCCACCGCUACGAGGUCAACCCCUCGCUUAUCGAGAAGCUCGAGGACGGCGGCCUCUCGUUCAUCGGCAAGGACGAGGCCGGCGAGCGUAUGGAGAUCAUCGAACUGAAGGACCACAAGUGGUAUGUCGGUGUUCAGUUCCACCCCGAGUACCUGUCCCGCGUGUUGGCUCCCAGCAAGACCUUCCUUGGUUUCUUCGCCGCCGCCGCUGGGUGCCUGGAACCCAUCACAGAGGUCUUCAAGGACCGUCACGACCUCAGCCAUCAGCAGGUGAAGCUGCCCGUGGUUUAGAAUGUGCCGGUAAAAGGCACUUUAUUUAGUUCUUAGAGUGGUUGGGUUUCAUGCUCCAUUGCUUCAUUGUGUGGCGUUACUGUCGUCUUUCCCGUGUGCGGAUCUUGGGUGUUCUAGAAUAGAAAACAAAAAUAAUAUCGCUUCUUAUACUUCUUCCAUACUUGUUUCAUCGUGUAGGGUACCAGAAAGCUCUAGCUGCGCAUCACCUUGUAGCAUCGUGAAACAGAAUGACUUGGGCUGGAGGGUCACC